AUGGCUACGCCCAAAUCUUCAUCUUCUCUGAUCCCGCCUGACCCUGCAAAGGUUAUGGUGAUUCGUGAUGUGACUUCUAACAUCACCACUCUCAGCGUCCCCUUUGCACGAUUCGGUCACAUCAAAGUUGGCGGUCGUGCGACCCUAGUCAAACUACAAACCGGCAAUGUCGCAGUUUUCUCGCCGGUCGCACUCACUCCCGACGUCAAGACUAAAGUCAAGUCGUUGGGUCCUAUCAAAUACAUCGUCGCACCCGAUAUUGAGCACCAUAUCUUCAUUACGCCUUGGGCUGCGGAAUACCCUGAAGCGGAAAUCAUUGGGGUGGAGGGCUUACCGGAGAAAAGAGAGGGUAACGCAGAUACAAAAGGCACCAAAUUCCAUCACGUUUUCUCCUCAUCCAACAAACUCGAUCUCCAUAUCAGUCCCGAAUUCGAUGAGGAGUUUGCCUCCGAAUUCUUCCACUCCCAUACCAACAAAGAGCUCGUUUUCCUCCACAAGCCUAGUCGAACCUUGAUCGAAGCCGAUCUCCUGUUCAAUCUACCAGCCACGGAGCAAUACUCGAAAUCAGGCGUUGAUCCUCGGUCGGGACUCUUGACCAAGCUGUUUGGAGGCCUCAUGAAUAUUCGGGGAGAUAUGCUAUGGCAAAAACGAUUCCUGUGGUACUUGGCUGCCGGCAAGGAUAGGCAAGGAUUUGCCGAAUCGGCUAAGAGAAUCAAACAAUGGGAUUAUGACAGGAUUAUCCCUUGUCAUGGGGACGUGAUUGAGACGGGAGGAAAGAGCAUUCUGGACCAGGCGACUGCUUGGUUUACGGAGGGCAAACAUUGA